AUGAACGAAGCCUUGAGCCAAAUGAGGAAGUUCGGAAACUAUGCUAUUCAGAAAGCCUCAAACUGUUUCAGAAAAUUCAAGUUUCACACAACACGUUUUUAUUCUCACUGGGUUUCUCUCAUUCGGAGUUUAUUACGAGCUUUAGAUGCUGUUGGAUCUCAGAUUCCCACUUCUGAUCCAGUUAUGUUGUGGCAGGUUGUUCUACAGACUUUUGGCACCUCAGUCUAUUUGCUGUAUAUCCACAAGCUUCUGUUGAUCCAAUGGAUGAUUUGGCUCAUGGAGUGUCAGCUAGAUACAAUUCUUGCUCUUCUGAUACAGAAUAAUAACAAGAAAGAGCUCUUAGCUACUGUGAAUCUACAGACAGUAAUCCGAAACCUUGCUUUGACCAUGGAAGAGGACUCCUCACUAAUGACUGCCAUGGCAGCAAAGGACCUCAAGGAUCUUUUGCUCAUCUGCACCGUUAUUGCCCAAGGGGUGGAACAAAUUAACAAGGAAAAAUACUCGGAGGCCCUUGAAGCUUUUCAGGAGGUUAAAGGCUGCCCAAGUCCCAGAAGGCUCCUGGCACAGAUCCACACCCUUACAGGCCAGAGUUUUGGUAAGCUGGUCCAGCCACAUUGUGCUCUCCACUGUUACAGGAAAGCUCUGGAGGUGGACUUUACUUGCAAUAGUGCACUCUAUCAAAGUGUACUGGUAUUCAGACAGCUUGGAAAUCCAAAGGUUGAAAUAGAGGCCUUGCAUCUUCUUUAUUCAAAAGUACAGCUGAAGUCUGAUAAAAGUUCAUCUAGUGCUUCACUGGUCUCUCCAGCUAGGCUGUGUUGGGCCUCAUGUGCUCAGAUAGGAGACAAAGUCAGGCCUACACACAGUCAUAAAGCCUGACUGAGGCCUGUAUUAAUUUAAUUAAUUUUAUUUAUUUAUCACACAUACAUUUGCACAUAUACAGUGAAAUUCUUUUUUCACAUAUCCCAGCUAAGCUGGAGCAGACAGGGUCAAGGGCCUUGCUCAAGGGCCCAAGAGUGGCAUCUUGCCACUUGCCUCUGUAGGAACACUCAAAGCCUGAUAACACGGAAAAACGGCACCAAAAUCAAACAAAGGGAGUCCAAACAGACUACAGAUCCCAUCAAGCCUUGCUCACUUUACACCUAGGUGUGAAAUUCUGAAGGAUCGAACUCUCAACUCCUAUUGGAUGAAACGCACGACAGAAUUUCGUCCCUCAACCAUGAUGUCAUCGAGAGUAUAAAACCCCGGAGAUUCCUCCUAAGCCUUGCUUCCAGCGACAGUAUUCGCUGCAUCUAGUUGCAGCCUUGCUGCUCUCAGGUGUAGCCUCACUGCCCAAGGAAUUAACGUGCAUACCUGAACUUUGGCUAUACAAUCUCCAUUUCGCUGGAUGAGCCAAGAUUCUCCGUGUUCCACCAAGCACGCUAACGAAUCCAAAGGAGACCGCUGAGCAAUCCGUGUCUCACCCUUUUGCCUGCAGAAAUGAAGAAAGAAGAUUACUCUUCCUUCUUCAACUGAGUCGACUUCGCUGAUUUCUCCGCCAACCCGCCGAGAAUCUGCUGCCAUACCAACCGCCGACAGAGCGAGGAAAUUGCCUCCCGUCAUCACCCGAGCUUCGAGGAACCGAGUCGGAGUCAAACGACGGACGACCACACAUUCUACCCGCAUCCUCACGCAACUCAAAUAUCCACAGGGGAUGGUACUUCUCUUCCUAGAAUCCCAGUGGUCUACCUUGAAGCAGCAUUUGCUUUGUUAAAAGCUCAGAAGUAUAGUGAUGCUCUUGUGAUAUGUGAAGAGUCAUUACCAGCACUUCAGACUUCAUCCCUGAGAGACUGUUGCUUGAUCUGCCCAUGGCAGAACUGCAUUUAGCUGGAUCCACAACAGUGAGUCCAGAUUCUGAUGUUGUCCUUGAAAAUAUGGCCUUUGCGUUGUGGGCCGGUGCAGCCCAUCUACUUCAAGCACAAAGCCACUGGAAACUGAAGGACAACAAAUUUUACAAGCAAUGGUUGAAAGAAUAUUGACUUCAAAAGGUCAAGCACUAGCGGGCAGAGGGCCACUGUUUUCUGGAAAAAGGUCAGUUGAAAGAGGCCCUGAGAGAUCUUCACCUCAGUCUCCAGAUCUGCCCAGGUUGUAAGAAUACUAAGAUGUGGCUAACCGAGGUCUUGUGGAGGCUUGAUCGUAGGGAGGAAGCUUCAGUACACUGGAGAGAGGCCCACAAUGCCACGAAUAUGCCUACAUCAAUAAAACUACCGCUCUAUUUGCAAGCCUGGCAAGAGGAUAUAGUUUUUGACUUCAGUGACCUUAAGAAGAAAAUUGAGGACUACAUUCAAGCCAGAAAUAUUACCUAACAUACUGGGCAACGUGUCCUACUUGGCAAUAUGGGACUUGGUGCCAUUUUGACACUUCGGCUCAGCUAAGCAGCAACAAUUUAAUCAGACAUCCCCGAGCCAAUCCAAAAGAGACAGUUCACAACGCAGCAGAAAAU